CGUCCUGUGUUGCAGGGAUCCAGCCCGCGCUCUGGAGCCGAGAGGACGUGCUGCACUGGCUGCGCUGGGCCGAGCGCGAGUACUCCCUGCAGCGCACCCGGGAGCGCGGCUUCGAGAUGAACGGCCGCGCGCUCUGCAUCCUCACCAAGGACGACUUCCGGCUCCGCGCGCCCGGCUCAGGUGACGUCCUGUACGAGCUGCUCCAGUACAUCAAGACCCAGCGGCAAGCCCUGGUGUGCGGCCCUUUCUUCGGCAGGGCCUUCAGGCAGAAGAUGCCCCGUGGGCACUGCCCCUGCCCCCUGCAAGACUGCCGGCUGCUGUGGGACUACGUGUACCAGCUGCUCUCCGACACCAGGUACCAGUCCGUCAUCAGGUGGGAAGACGAGAACGCCAGGAUCUUCCGAGUCGUGGAUCCCAACGGGCUCGCCAGGCUCUGGGGAAACCACAAGAACCGCGUGAACAUGACCUACGAGAAGAUGUCGCGUGCCCUGCGCCACUACUAUAAGCUGAACAUCAUCAGGAAGGAGCCCGGCCAGAAGCUCCUGUUCAGGUUCCUGAAGCUGCCCGGGAAGACGGCCCCGGACCAGGGCAGCCGCCCGCAGCAGCCGCAGCGCCGGGAGCAGGGCCAGGCCGGCUUCAAGGCGAACGUGCUGGCGCUCUCUCCGUGAGGGCACGACCCAGGCCCUGGGCAGAUGGGACAGAGAGCGAGUCUCUCGUGAGGGCGGCGAGCUGCACGCCUCCGCCCUCCUCCCCGGGCAGCAGGGAUGCCCGGCCGGUGCACUUCGGGACCUCAGAGCCUCCUGAGGACCUGAGCCGUGAGGACUGGGAGGCUCGCCCAGGACAUCGUGGGCCAGGCGGGGCCACAGGCAUGAGCUCUCCCGGCCUUGUCCCUGGCCACCUGCCCAGCGAGGGAGGGUGGCCGGGCGCUGAGGGCAUCCAGCCCCACGCCUCCAGGUCACAGAAGGGAGCGGCCGCCAGCCUCAGCUCGCCCAUCAAGGGCACAUGCCCGUCAAAGCCGCCCUCAGGGCUCCUCUAUGAACGGACAAAAGGAUGGCUGCUCGGUCAACCUUUGGGAUAACGACAACGAUGGUACCUGGCGUUUAAGUGCUCCCUGUGCAGGCCUUGCGCUCAGGGUCCUGCCUACAUCUCAUCUCGUUCAGUUCCCACGCCACCGUGAGGUUCAGAGGUCUGGGCACAGGCAGACCUGCAGGGCGGGGUGUCCCCCGAGCCCAGUGCUGCUGUUCCCGUCAGUGACUGCGAGGGUCUGGGGCAUGAGGCUUGGCCCUGCCUCUCUGCCUGCGUCUCUGCAACAACCCCUGUCCGCAGUGUUGAGUCUUUGGUGACGGCGACUGUGGCCCAGUGGAAACCGCCUCCUGUCCGCGCCUGGGCCCCUGUGCGCCUGGGCCCGUACCUGCCAGGUGGCUUUGGGCAAGCUGUUCCACCUCCGGGACCGCAGGUUUCUCGUCUGCAAGGUGGGGCGCUGCCCUGGCUGACCCUCGGGAUAGCGGGAAACUCCGUAAGACCAUACCUGUGAGUGCCCAGCGGGUGCCUGCUCCGCAGCGCUUACUCCGGUCACCGGUCACCGUCAGCCCUGCCAACCGAGAGCUGCUCUCAGCACAGGCCUCUGAGCUGCCGGGCCAGCUUUCCUCUUUGCAGCUCCCAGUCCCGCUGGGCUCCUGGGGGUCGGAGCCUCGCCCUGCACCGGGAAGCGAAGGGAGUGUUUUCACUUCAUCAAAAACAGAACGUGGAUCUGCACCUUCUUUCUGGGGAGGAGGAAACCCCCGAGCCGCUUGCCUCCAGCAGGUCAGAAAGCCCGUCUGCGGAACCCGAGUCACCGCAGGAGGAAGUUCUCAGGCUUCUUGGACUUUGGGACUCAAAGCUGGGACGCUCGCGAGCAGGGAAACUCCCGCUGAGUCCAUCAGGGGCUCUGACAGUUCCACCCCGCAAAGGGCCAGGCAGGGCGUCCUGCCCCUCCCAUCUGCCCUGGGACCGUGCUGUCUCCUGACUCCGGCCCGGGAUGCUCUCAGGCCCCGUAGCCUUUCUCAUUGUCCCCAACCAGAACUGCAUACCUGGGGCGGGAGGGGUUCCCCCAGCCACUCCCUUUAUAGAUCACACAGCUGAGGCCAGAGACGGGGUGACGUGCCCAAGGCACAGAGCACAGCUGCCUGCUGCCCCUCAUGUUGCCUCAUUUCUUCUGGUCUCACAUCUUUUUCAUGGGCCCAAGAUGCAGAGGUUUAGACAAGAGAAUGGAGUUAGGGUGCUGGCAUUGGCCUGCUGGUGUGUCAGUGGUUGAAAACACCUGCGUAUCCUAGGGGCUGUGUCUUCCCCCAGGGCGAUGACUCUCACCCCACACUGGGACUCUCGGGGCCAGGAGUGGGCCCUGGGCUUGGGCAGCGCUCACCACCCCAGGCCCCGGAUCCCUGGGCUCUCCGCUUGGCCCUGUGCUCAGCCCCACCCUCUCCCCAUCUCCCCCGGCACAUAGGCUGUGCUCAGGGAGGGACACCUGGGUGCAGGAGCAAAGGGGUUCUCCAGCCCUUCCUUCCAGGGGCAUGAAUUGAGCACCUGCUGUGUACCUGGCAUCAGGUGAGGCUCUGGGUUUACCCCCACUGUUUACAAAUUAAAUUCCUGAAAGGCUGUGGGUCACUGAAAACAACACCUGUGAAAGGGGACUUCUUCACACGUAAUCUUAACAAGCAGGAAGUACAUCCUCAUGGUUUGAUAAGGUAGACAGUCGUGUCCUUUUUUGGGGGCCAGGUUACAUGAAUGUCAGCAGUAAAUAAAGAGUUUAUGAAAAAAGUGGUAUAGUAAGAAGUUAGUGAAAUAAAUUAUACAAGUCACUGUC